AUGCUUAUGGCCAUUUGCCUUGUCGAGGGGCAGCCACAACUCAACAAAAUCAACAAUCACUAUUACCAACUAUUCCAGAACAACCUAACACUGAGUGCUGCCACCCAGCAAUGUUCAAAUUCUCCUUACCAAGGAAUGACAGGAUACUUGGCCACAUUCACAUAUUAUGAGGAGUUGGCCUUUUUAAAGACAUUGCCAACUGCUCCAAUAUGGAUAUCGGGCAGUUCCGAUGGUGAUGGAAACUGGCAGUAUUCAUCAGGUCCAGAGUCUGGACUAUUGUAUUAUAACACCUUGUUGGACAAAUGUUAUACCUAUUGCCAGUUUGGUGAUGCUGUGUUUGACGCCAAUCGAAAUGGAUUGGUUGUUAGUAAUGGCCGCUUUGUACCAACUUCACCAACAUCCACCGCCUACUACAUUUGUGAAUGGGGAGGCUUGAGCGACCCGGUCGUCUCACAAUUCGAUGCCAACAACCAGAUACUAUUCACCAACCUAAAUGACACCUCCAGCUUUACUGCCACUUUCGUCAACUACUAUGAUAGCAGCAAGACCAUCACAUGUGCAUCAGUCCUCAUCCAAACACCCAACAGUGUAAUAUGUAAGGUAGCCUCUGGCAACAUGAAACAAGGAUUGUUCAAGGUCGCGGUAAAGGCUGGUGCAUCCACCUACAAUAUCGUCUCGUCAGCACAACCACCUUGGAUCAUAUCGGUGGAGAACAAAAUGCUAGAGACUGGUGGUAGGAUAUACAUCUAUGUUAGGAACCUGUACAUUGACUUGUUCAACAAGGGUGACUACAAGUUCUUGAUUCCAAACAUAGGAGCCAAUCCAGUGUGCAACUAUGAGUCCUACAACGAUGUCACUGGCCUACUACAAUGUACACCAUAUGACAACAUCAACAGAUGGUAUCCCAUCGUUGUCCAAUUCCAAAACGUCUCCACAACAUCCUACCGAGCAGCCUUUUGUAAGUCCUCUAGCAACAUCACUUUGAUUGAUUGA